AUUCCAAUGCAACCUCAUAGAAUGAUAAAAUCGGACAGCAGGCAUGUAUACAUGUAGUUCUACUACGGACUACAUGUACAAUCAUUUCACAUGUUUCCUUGUUUGAACGGAUAAUCUUUGAUUAAUUGGCAUUGAUUGAUAUUCAAUUUGAACAACGCUUACUAUAUUCUCAAAGGUAAUUCUGAUUAAGUUCCACUUUUGUGCUGUAUCAUUAGCAAGCUACCACUCACAGUUUCAUACUAGCUAUGCUAAUUUAGUGGUGGAAGGUAAAUCUCCGAGAUCAUCCAAUCGUUGAAACUUUGUUCAAAAUGUAUGUGUCAAAGGAAGAAACGGAAGGAGAAUAUGACGUCAUCGUGAUUGGGGCGGGGCUCUCCGGUCUUACAGCUGCAUAUCACUUGAAAAGGACCGUCGAGGGGUGUAAGGUUCUCGUGUUAGAAGCAAAAGAUAGGGUUGGAGGAAGGACUCUAACUGUUCCACUCAAAUGCUCUAAUGGGACAGACCAAUGGGAUUUAGGAGGCCAGUGGGUAUGCAGAACACAGCAUCAUGUCCUUUGGCUUCUCAACGAACUUGGAAUCGAGGUAUAUCCCCAGAAAUCCAACGGUACCAAACUCAUUCAGAGUGGUAACAAUGCAAAGAUCAAUACUUACCAAGGUGAUAUACCAGCACUGCCUCUUCAUGUUCUUUUCGAUCUUCUUAACUUUGAAAGAAAGACUGAUUCGCUUGCGAGAGAUAUACCCUGUGAUGAGCCAUGGUCAGCUAAACAUGCAAAUGAUUAUGAUGGAAUUACCUUCGAACAAUUCCUAGCCAGAGAAACAUGGACGGAAGGGGCUAGGAACAUGGUGAAAGGAGCCUUUGAAGUCGUCAAUGGUUCUGGAGUGAGGGGUUACAGUGCCCUAAAUUAUCUAUUUUACGUCAGUUCGGGUAUUAGCAACCGGAGUCUCUACGACAAUAAGAAUUCUGGAGCACAGGAGGAUAAAAUAAAGGGAGGGGCACAAUCUAUCAGCACUAAAUUACGGGAAAGUAUUGGUCAAUCGAAUGUGCUACUUUCUGAACCAGUGGUCAGCGUUGAUCAAAACUCAGGAUCAACGGUCAAAGUUCAAACCCUCUCAGGAAAGUCUUUCUCCUGCAAAUACAUCGUCAAUGCAAUCCCAAUGAACUGUUCAGAAACUAUCCAAUACAUACCCAAACCACCACUGAAACGCCAGAUGCUUAUGAGUUACACGAGAAGUGGAAACCUCUUAAAGUUUAUUGCAACAUACAAAACAGCAUUUUGGCGUGACAAAGGAUAUUCUGGUGAGAUUAUUAACUCCUCGGAUAACAGUCUUUCACCUAAUGAUGUAGGACCAUUGACUUAUGUUUGUGAUGCUACAUCGUGGAAAGGUAGCCCUGCCUUGGUGGGUUUUAUCAACAACCCAAUAUAUUGGAGCAACGAAGAGGAUCAGGAUAGGAGAAUUGCUAUUCUGAAGCAUCUAGAAAGAUUCCUGGGAUCUGAAGCUUUGUCACCGAUUGAUUUCAGGGAAAAGCAUUGGGCUGAUGAACCUUACAAUGGAGGGUGUCCAGUCAAUGUGAUGAUGACAGGUGCUGCAGAAUAUUGGGAUGAAAUCAGAGUGCCUUUUGAUCGAGUACAUUGGGCAGGUACGGAGACAGCCACACACUGGAUGGGGUACCUGAGUGGCGCUGUACAGUCUGGUCUAAGAGCUGCAGAUGAGAUAGUCAACAGGCUAGGAGUCUCUGAGGAAUCCAGGAACAACAGUUCAGACCUUCUCAAGUCGCUUGACAGUCCUGGAGAUGAUGAACGGAGAUCAACAGAUGGCUGGAUGACUAGUGGAUUGCAGUGGGUGUGGACAUUUGGGAAGGUUGGGCUGGGAUUGGUUGUAGCUGGGCUAGUAGGUGUUGGAGCUCAGGCAUGGAUUCAAGGCAAUGAUUAAUAUCAAGAGUAUUUCACAAAGCGAUUUCUGAGUGAUGGUGGAAAUCACUGCUAAGACGGUUAAUUACAUGCAACACUAGAGAACUCAUUUUCAAAAUAUCUUGAUACUCUGUAGGAUUUGAUUAUCGACAAUCAAUUAAGAUAUAGAUCAGGUGAGGGAUCAAGAGUCACUUAAAGGGACGUGUAUAAUCUCCCUUGGCUCCAAAUUAUUUUUUAAAAUGUCACAAAAACUAUGCAAAGGUAUGAAGUUACAGGCAAAGAUAUGGUUGGAACAUUGAAUUGUGAUAUUUUUUAAAGAAUUAUCAAGCUUAAUAAGAAAUAAAUAAAAAAAAUAAAAAAUGAAUAAGUAGCAUUUUGUAGUUACUGCUUCAAAUGUUGAAAUUUGCCAGCAAUAGUUGAUCAUAAUUAUCAUUCUAACUUGAUAUUGAUAUGUUGAAAAGUAAAAUAUUUAAGGACGUUGUUACACCGCAUAUACAAAAUGCAUUUCAACUAUGCAAUUUAUCAACUCUUGAGGAGAAAAUUUGAAAAAAAACAUUUUUUUAAAAUCCCCCUUCUUGUCAGACAUAGUUUCAAACAAAAACAAGAGGUUUUAAAAUAGCCAAUUGUGCUUUUUUCUAGUUUAAGUUACUGUAGAACUUGUUAACUUUUUUCCCAUCACCGUUAUCAUUAUUCCAGUUGUCCUAGCUUUCUCUCCCAUAAUUGGCUCUUUCAAUGUGCCGCAUAUAUCUUCUCUGUUUUACAUGCACACAAUGUCAAAUUUCAUGUGUUGUAUUUUGAUUCUUACUGAAUUUGUUAAGAUUAACAGCUGUUGUUCAUGUUUGAUUUUCAAUAUUUAAAUAUUUGUAUAUCAACACAUUUUUUAAUUAAAUAAGAUGCAUAUUGAUAGAUGGAAUUAUGUUAUGAUGUUCAUUGUACAUAAAUGCAUUGAAAAUGAUAACAUCAGAGAGGGGCUUACACAGUUCCAUCCCCCCCCCUCCAAAAAAAAGAGAGAAAAAAAUGACAGAGAAUAUGGUGCCAUGAAAACUGAUAAUUUCCUUCAAAAAAAGAUGUUGUGUACAGAAUUCGAUUUUUCAAAUUCAAAUCUGUUCGCAAUAAAACAUUUUUUUAAUUUGAUCCAUUCUGUAUUAUACCAAAUAGGAUUUUUUUAAAUGUACAGAAAAUAACUACACAAAUCUGUCAUAAAUUUUUUUGAAUUUUUGUUUAAGAAUAUAGAAAACUUUUACUAAUCAAGUGUAAGUUUCUACAAUAAUGAUUUUGUCUGUCUUUGUUUUAUCAUGUAGUCAUAAGCUAUUAUAAAUAUUGCAUUAAUCCCAUUCCUAAUGAUAACAUAGUUUUAUGAAAUAAAAAUAGUUCUUAUUGCUA